UCGAAUAAUACCUAACGGAUAGUUAUUGUAAUUCUGACAAAAACAUUUUUUAAAUUAUAAAUAAUCUAAUAUGGUACAUAAGUGUAUUAAUAAAUUUUUUAUAAGUUUAUUAUUUAUUUUAUUAAUUUAUAAAUCUAACGGAUUCGACGCAGAUAACUUUGUUGGUAAACUCAGAAGAAGAGAAAGUAUUCCUUUGUAUCGUAUAGGACAACAGGAUGAUGAUUUGGAUUACAGAAGAACGAAAGACAUCCGGGAGGAUGAUGAAAUGAGAAUAUUCGAGACAUCAGAUGCACAGCUGAGAGAAGCACAAAUAGAAAAACGUAGGAACAAAUUAGAUAAGCUGUACAGAGAACUAAGAUGGCUAACAGUGGAUACCGAUCAAGGUCUGCAAAUAGGAAUCUAAAAGGAAAUAUCAUAAAUUUUCUAUAUCCAAUGUCUAUUUCCUGUUAACUUCGAAAUACAUUCAUAGAUUUUUGUUAGGGUGAACUUAAUAUAAGGGACAGAUAUUAUAAAAAAUAUA